AUGGAGGAACAAGAAGAGGCAAGGCUGAUCGAGUUAUUAAGAAAAUAUUGCGGUGUCUCUGCUUGGAGCAUGGAUGAAAUGCUAGGAAUCGAUCCACAAGUUGCAUGUCACAAACUGAAACUGAACCCGAACGUUAAACCAAUAAGACAACGAAUAAGGAAGAUAUCCACGGCUUACCACGAGCAGAUUGACAAGGAACUCCAAAAGAUGAUGAAUUCGGGAAUAAUAAGACCGGCGAAGUACCCAGAAUGGAUUGGCAACAUGGUGAUAUUUCCUAAGAAGAACAACAGAAUAAGAAUAUGUAUUGAUUUUAGUGAUCUCAAUACUGCAUGUCCAAAGGAUAGCUUUCCACUACCAAAUAUUCCUCAAAUGGUAGAGUCAGCGACAGGGUUCAAAAGGCUGACAUGCAUGGAUGGAUAUUGUGGGUACAAUCAAAUACCUUUGGACGAAGAUGAUCAGGAGCAUAUGGCUUUCUUUGCUACCCGAGGGUUAUACUGUUACACACAUAUGCCCUUUGGGUUGAAGAAUGCGGGUGCUACUUACCAACGGAUGGUAGAGAAUUUUUUUGCGAAAUGGGUGCACACAACGUUGGAAGUUUACGUGGAUGAUAUGUUGGUGAAAACAAAGGAUACUGGAGACGAUGUGGAUGAUUUAAGGGAGAUCUUCGAGCAAAUGAGAAAAUACAAAAUGAAGAUAAAUCCCUUAAAAUGCAUUUUUUGGGCCGAAUCGGGGAAGUUCUUGAGACACAUUGUUUCGCGAAAAGGCAUAGAGGUAGAUCCAGCAAAGGUGCAUGCCAUAUUGGAUAUGCCAUCUCCAGCCACAAUAAAAGAUGUUCAAAAAUUAAAUGGGCAGUUAGCCACAUUGGGGCGAUUCAUAUCAAGGUCCUCGGACAAAUGCAAGCAUUUUUUUGAUAUCUUGAAGAAAGGGGCAAAGUUUGCGUGGACUCAAGAAUGUGAGGAAGCUCUAAAGGGUAUCAAGGAGUACCUCAUAAAAUUAUCAAUUCUGCAGAAGCCAAAACCUGGGGAGGAGUUACUUAUCUGUCUCGCAGUAACAAAAAAUGAUCUUAGCACAGUUCUACUUCGCACAGAUGAAGGGGUCGAAAAGCCUAUAUUCUAUGUCAGCAAAACCUUCAAUUCUGCUGAAACGAAUUACCCAAAGAUUGAAAAAUUGAUAUUGGCAUUGGUGUACGCAUCACAGAAGCUAAGGAUUUAUUUCCAAUACCACAAUAUCAAAGUCCUGAAAAGGAUUCCGAUAGAUUCCGUUCUGAAGAAUUCAAAAAGGACGGGAAGAGUCGAGAGAUGGAAUAUGCAGAUUGAUCUCUUUGGAUUAAAAUAUGAGGUGCAAACUUUGACGAAGUCGCAUAUUGUUGCAGUGUUCCUCGUGGAAUUCCCCUCAGAAGAGGACGAAGGAGUAGAAGAAAUGAUGGAUAUUGAUGAAAGCCGACCAGACCCUAAAGACUUAUUGCGAGAGUGCAAUCCAAUAAGAUGGGAUAUCUUUGUAGACGGAUCCUCGAAUAGUUGUGGAGGGGGGCAAGGAAUAGUAUUCACUUCACUCACGGGGAUCAGGUUGGUAUUCUGUUUUCGGCUAGAGUACAAAGCAACAAACAACGAAACCGAGUAUGAAGAAGUAAUGCAAGCUUUGAGGAUUGCAAUAGAAAUGAAAUUGUGCGAAGUGAGAAUUACCAGCGACUCGCAAUUGGUAGUUCUCCAGAUUGAAGGAAGAUACAAUGCGGCUGAUCCUGUGAUACAAAGGUACUUGCAAUUGGUAAAAGAAUACUCCGCGAAGAUACAAAACAUCAUCUGGAGGAACAUAGACAGGGACAAUAACAGGCACGCAGAUUCCCUUGCCUUCAUAACGUCCAUGAUUGAGGAUCCAAAAAUGGACCAUAUCCGUAUUGAGCGAUUGAUGCAACCGUCUGUAAGAAGGGAAGAAAGAGAGCCUAAGGGGAUGACCAUAGAGGAAGAAAGCACCCAAACGAGCAAAGAUGACUGGAGAACACCUAUCUAUAAUUAUCUUAUGAAAGGAGACCUUCCGCCAGACAGACAAGAGGAAAAUAAAAUUAGAAGCAGAUACACACAUUACGAGGUGCGAGAAGGAAUCCUAUACAGAAGGUCGUAUCUAGGCCCAUUAAUGAGAUGCUUAUUACAAAAGGAAGGAAUAGAAAUUAUGAAGUCGAUCCAUUAUGGAGACGCCGGAAAUCAGAGCGGGACUAGAUCCCUAGCUCUAAAAACCAGAACACAAGGAUAUUUUUGGCCAUAUAUGCACAGAGACGUGAAAGACAUUUCCACGAGAUGUGAAGCAUGCCAAAGAUAUGGGAGAAUAGUGCACGCACCUUCCACAAGCUUAAACUCAGUAUUGAGUGUUUGGCCCUUCGCCAUGUGGGGGAUAGACAUAGUGGGACCGUUUGUGACAGGAACCAAGCAAAGUAGAUAUAUAAUAGUAGCCACCGAUUAUUUCAUGAAGUGGGUUGAAGCCAAAGCUUUGCAGCACACCCGAGAUGGUGAUGUAUACGAAUUCAUCCUUGAGCACAUCAUAUGCAGAUUUGGGAUACCCGUGUUGAUAGUUUCAGACAAUGGAAAGCAGUUCGAAGGAGAAAAUGUGAGAAUGUUAUUCAAUGCCUUCAAAAUUCAAAGUGGAAAAUCAACUCCACUGUACCCUUAG